UAUCUUAUGCUCAAAUCUUGAAAACCCUCCAACGAAUUUGUCUUGAAGGUCAAUAGAAACAUACAUACAUACAUACAUAUAUAUAUAUAUAUAUAUGCUCUCACAUGUAUGAAGAAGGCCUAAAAGAGUCCAAAACCUAAUCUUGCUUAUGUCUUGUUACAAAAAUUGAAACUUUUGUCGAUGUUGAUCAAAACCCAAAAUGUAUCUGCGAUGCAAUGAUACAGACUCUUGGAUUUGGUUAAGUUUGGGGUUUUACCGGUUAUGUGUAUGUACGUAUGUAUACCCAAGCCCGAUGAAUGCCAAAUAAAAUUGUGAAUUAUUCACGAUUAUAUAUAAAUCUAUGUGUGAAUAUCAUGUUCUGCUUCGAAUUUAGUACUCAUGUAAACAUAUUAUUAUAGAAACGAAUAAACGUCGAACCAAAACGACCAACCCUUUUCCUUGUCCCUCCCAUCGGGCCUCUCACGUUGCAUCGAGGUUCUUGUGGCUUUUUUUGGUGAUGACACGUGGACAUAUGCGCUGUGAAAAGUUAAAUUUGGGCUUCAUUUUUGUUCAAGGCGAAACGUUCCCAAGGCCCUUAAAUAGGCCCCAUUCACAUUUCUGCUUAUUGGAACUCUACUUCGAUUUUACCCUAGCCAGGUUCGGGAGGCCGAAGCUAAAAGCCCCAACCAAACCGGCUAUAUAUCCUCCAUCAACACCACAACAACACUUCAUCUUCGAGAAAACACACACGAAAAAAAAAACAUAACUGAUACCCACUGUCUCUGAGAUAAUAAAAAAAAAAUGGUUUCUUCGCUUCCGAUUUUACCCCUGGUUUUCCUCUUAUUUACAGUGUCACAGGCCAGGGAGAUUCUGGUCGGCGGCUCGGCGCACUCGUGGAAGGUUCCGGAAAAUCCUAACAACACCCUCAACCACUGGGCCUCCAACAAUAGGUUCAAAAUCGGUGACAUUCUCGUGUGGAGAUACGAUCCGAAGAUAGAUUCGGUGUUACAAGUGACGAGAGAAGACUUCGAGAGCUGCAACACGUCGAAGCCGAUCAAAGAGGGCAAAGAUGGUAACACGAAAGUGGAACUCGACAAGUCGGGACCUCAUUUCUUCAUCAGUGGGGCUCAUGGAAACUGUGACAAAGGCGAGAAGAUGGUGGUCGUCGUUCUCUCCCCCAACCAUCCUCCCCCGAAACCUUCCGGCAGUACGGUUUCUCCGGCGCCAGCUCCGCCGAAGAACUCCGCCGUGGGGAUGGUCGGACGUGGGUAUUGUUUUGCCGGUCUUGUUGCUGCUGUGAUGAGCCUUGCCUUGGCUUAGAGAGAGAGAGAGAGAGAGAGAGAGAGAGAGAGAGGAUUUGUCGUUUUCAAUUACGUGUUUCGGUUUAGAUUUGUGUGGUUUGUAUUUUUAUGUUCUGCAGUUAAUGGAAUUUCUAGUUUGCAA